UGACGACGACGAGCAGUUAGUUGACGACUGUUGAACUCGAUACACGCGAACGAAGUAGCGAACUUGGCGCAAAACGACGUAUAAUUGGAAAAUUGUGAACGGACGUUCAAACGCGAAAAGAAAGGUGAUUAAAUUAUUACAAAUAAAUUAACUAAGGAAACACACACUUAAAACGAAGAAGUGACCAAAGCAGUGAAGUGUCUACGUGCGUGCGUUCAAUCGUUGUGCAUUGUCUAAUAAGCAGCAGACCGAACGGACUAACCAAAACGCAAACGUCGUGUCUUGUGAUCGCGCGGCGGUACUUUUAUUUUACGCGUCUAUACAUACAUAUGCGUGUGAAUGUAAAUAAGUAUAACAACUACAAAAAAGGUGUUCAAUUGCAAUCAUAAUACAUACUUGUAUGUAUGUACAAGCGUAUGUACCUGCUUAUAAAGAUAACAAGUUGAGCUAACGAAGAGCAAAAGCGCCAGCGCGCCACAAAAAGUGUAUAGAGAAAAGACUGCGCGCACUUUGUUUUCGUUUGCAUUAAGGCUGAUAAAAGCCAAGAAAAUAGCUAGCUAGGCAGCAAAUAAGGCGACUUGAUACGACGAAGUGCAAAAGCGUGCUUUUCAAAGUGAUUUAUGCGCGUAUACGUAAUAGCGCGUAAGACUAAAGCGGCGAAGAGCCAACGAAAACAACAGCAGCGCCGACGACCACCACCACCACCACGACAAUAGCCAGCGCGCAACCACGAAUAGCACGUCGUUGGUAGUUAAGUAGGCGCGCCAAUAGAGCGCCAUAGUCACAUAGCUCCGGUGACAACAGUUAGUUACACCAGCGACAGCAGACGCAUCGGCAGCUGUUGCGUGCGCUAGUACCAAACGCCGCAUUACAACGCACGCAAACGCGUCAGCAAGCGUACGCGACGCUCAAGCGCUUUAACAAGCUAUAGGCAGUUAAAAAUAAAUCUUGCAACGGUAAAAUGUGUCGCUGCUGCCAGAGCUGCUGGGAAGACUUCAAGUGGAAUUGCUUCGAGGAGAGAUUCUGCUACGAUGAGUCAAUCGCGAACUACAAUCCCGAAGAGGAUACGGACUACAUGUCAAUGCAGAAGAAUGGCAGUGCCCUCAGUCAUAUACAAGUGUCGGAUAACAACAAUUUAUCGGUGCCGAUCUGUAAUCAACCAUUGCGACGUGACGCUUCCGGCAUUAUGAGCAAUGCAAAGAUACACGAAGAAGACUACCGCCGCGAAACACAAACGAACGUGCCGAUGUUGGGUCCCGAAAUAUUGGCUGUUUUUGCAAAUUCACAAAUCUUCCAAGAUCAUCAACCGACCAAAAUGACACGCAUCAGCACGAAGACUUUCCUUGCCGGCAUACACUCACCCAACAAGGAAGUGCCGACAACGCCGCGUGAAACCGAACAGGAUCGGCUGCUGCGACGUUUGGAAGGUAAAACCGGCAAUGGCACGUUAACCGACAUACGUACACCCGAAAAUGUUACGCCUGCAAGCGCCGCCACCAUUACGAACACACCAACACCGACUGAUGCACAUGAUAGUGCCAACGAGAAACGCAUUACAUUCACCUUAACCACCGAUUCAUCACCGGAGGGCAGCCAGACAUUGACACCGAAAAAAUUCGAUGCGAUUGCCGAAGAAGACAUGGCUGCUGAGAAUCAAACUAAACGCGACACUGACGAAGUCAUACUCCGUCCACCACGUUUCAUCGAUCGUCAAACGCAUUUGUUGAACACCAUUUCGGGCAAUACGACACCGCGCAAGCUUAAGCGUAGCGCCACAAGCGUACCGGCUUUCAAUGUGCGCAGCGCUGCCAGCGAAACGGACAUCUUUUCGAUUACCGGCUCCGGUUCACGUAUCAGCAUGACACCCGAAGUGCCAUCCAUAUCAUUCAGCAAUUUACCGAAGAAUUACGAAGAUACACCGACCAUCGAGAAAUAUCGCGUCUCGCAGAGUUUGUACUCCAUACAAACAGCGAAUGCGGCACGCGCCAAUCAAGAUGAUUACUCCAUGCCACGCUACUUCCGACGCUCGGCAGCCAUGCUGCAAACGCAGAGUAGCGAAAUGUUAUCGACUGUGCCGUCUGCAACAUCGUCCAAUUCAAUGUCAUCAUCCAAUGAGGGUAUACAUCGGCCGGACAAGGGCAAGAGUAAGCGUUUGCAAAUGUUGCGUGGCAACUUGCCGCCAUUGUUGAUACAUUCAGUGUCGUUCCGCAAGAAUAGGGAGGAGGGCAAGCAGCUGGAUUAGUUGACAGUCAAGGACAGUGUGGAUUAUAAAUGCUGUUGUUAUGUGCGGUAUAACGGUACAUUAAGGCUAGUGGUGUAUGGCGUCGGGUGAAGAGCGAUUGGUGCGAGCGUUGCCAUUUCUGUUUGUGCUUAAGUGAGCGUAAAUGAGUGUAUAACUGUGAAACAGUACAGUACAGUGAAGCUUCGCUAACAGGCACGUUCAAAUUUUUUUAAUUAUAAAAACAAUAAAGUUUAAAUUAAAAAUAUAUUAAAAUAAAAAAAUAAAUAAUAAAAAAAUUUCAGAACUGUAAUUAAAAUUCUUUCAGUUUUUACAGGCGUAAAAAUUGGUUAAGAAUUAAGAGCUCGUAUUAAAUACGUUGGAUAAUAACCUCCAUAAGCAUAGUGCCGAGAACUGAUGAAAGAAAUAUAUAUAAAUAAAAUUAAAAAAAUUAAAAUUAAAUUAAUAAAUUUAAAAAAAAUUA